AUGUGGGAAAUUAAAACCGCGAAUAUAGGCAAGCAUAUUCUAAAAAUAGACGAUAAUGCUGCUCAUAUUAAUGGUUGGCUUACGCUAGUCACGGUUCUUACUUCAGCAUUAGAAGCAGCAUUACUUCCACUGUUGCUUUCUUUCGUCUGGAUAUUCUUAUAUAAAAGAAAACGAAGAAUCAAUGCCAGGAAACAUAUACCAAAUUUGAUGCUUUCUAAAAUCAUUGGAUUAUAUGAGUUUACUGAAGUUGUGUUUGAUAAGAUUUCCUUAUUUAAUGAUUCAGACUGUAUGUUUACAUUAUGCACUUCUCAAUUCAAGGACAACUUCGCAUUGGUAUCGAAUCUUACGACUAUACGAGAUAUUAUGCACACGCAUAAUGUAAGCAAAACGUAUUGGAAUUUAGGAGAUACCAAUUUUUUGUAUGCCGUACGCGCAAAAACUGAUGUCUCAUCUUGUAUUAUGUCGAUUGGCACAGAUGAAAGACUACUUAUUAAUUCUUCGGUAUUUUUGAAUGUAACAAGUACUUGGGGGAAACUCAAUACAGGACAUUUUGCGGGUGCAACCAAUAAUCAUAGUAUGGCUAGUGUGUUAAUAAAUGCAAACAUUGAUUUUUCUAAUAUGUCAUCCUUAGACUUACAUACCUUGAUACAGGAUAGUUGUGACAUACCUAUGAAUAUGUUUUACAUUUCUCCUAAUUUUUCUUCUGACGUUGUAGAGAUGGCUAAGUCGUUAGAAGAUGCUGGAUAUCAUAAAGAUCCUUGGCGAUAUGCUCACGUGUGCAUGGUAUCACUCAAUUGUUCAGCACAUUUAGAGUGGAAACAGAUGCGAAUAUCCGGAAAUACGCCAGAUACAACGAAAAUAUUGGAAGAAACGAAUUUUAACAAUAGUAUUGCAAAAUUAAACGAGUUGUUUCUUCAAAAUGUGCCAGAUUAUUCUAUUGAUAAAGAAAUUAUUGGAGAAAAUGAAUAUGACAGUAUGUUAUCACAAGCAUUGGCAUCGUCUAUACAAUCUAUAAUGAACAAUGUUAGUGUUUCUGUUGAUAAAAUAGUGAACUCAGAAGCUCUAGGGCUCUGGAUAGAACUUACUGUCGUAGUAACUAUGAUCUUUUUGAUUUCUUUGAUUCUGUUGCUCAUCUACACAUCUAAAAAUAUGAAAUGGUUGUUGCCGCUUAGCUUAUUGAAUUUUGGAAUAAUAUCAAAUGCUAUUUUUAGAGAGGGAGAUCCUGAUUAUGAAAUAACCUCUUGGCCAUUUGAACUUGUUGAUUCACAUGGUGCAUAUCGUGUUGCUACAGCAAAUGAGAUUGAAGAUAAACAUUUAAAUGUACAUGUAAUUGAUAUACCCCAUCCCCUUAUUAUAGUACCAGAAAUCAGUAUUGACAUUUGGACAGGGACGUGA